AAAGCCCAAUUUGAAAGAAGGGAAAUAACAUUUACCACAAAACAAAUAGUCUCUCUCUGCGGUGCCUCCGACACACGACCACAUGUCGUCAACGGUAUCAUGUACUGCUUGAUCCUUACCGACACACGACGAGGAUGAUGUUGUGUUCAACAUUCAACCUCAUCGUCCCUAAAUCCACCUCAACAUGUCAAGGCUUCUCGCUAGUGGAAAUGUUAGAAGGUUUGUGCAUUCUUUUCAUCGGAAACAGAACACUGGCAACAUCAAAGAAUUUUAUCCAAUGGGGUUCCGUUACUCAACAUUCAAAUUUUUCUCAUACUACGGAGUUGUACAGAAAGGACAAACUCCAUCUAUGUUAUUUAAAUCGAAGGUUAAGUUUUUGAUGAAUGGGAGAGCGAGAAACAUGUAUACCUUCCCUGCAAAUAAUGCAAAAUACCGACAUGAUCCAGUUUUUUGGAACAGGAUGUGUUUUCAUAAAGGGCCAGCUCUACCUCCGGUAGGUCGAAUUGCCCGUGCUGUUAGUCUAGCUAUGGUUAAAUCAAAUUUUGUUGUUCAUGGUAUGAUUGCUGUCAUAAUAGGAGAGCUUGCACGGACACAAGGGAAAUUAGCAGAAGCAGAAACAUUCCCAACAAGGGAUUCACUGUACUUGCACGCACAAGAUGGACGUGUAUAUUUAACCUCGGCUCUCUUGGAAGCCGUUGAGAUGUGUAUCGUAUUUCUCAGGGCUGUGUAUUUACUGAUUUUAUUCUCUCCUUGCAUAGUUAUGGCUCCUUUAGUUGGCUAUUUUGGUAUUCAAUUUAGAAAAACAUGGCUUCAUGUUGUACGCCUUACACUUGCAAAGGCUGGCCCAGCAUUCAUUAAAUGGGGUCAAUGGGCCGCUACCCGACCCGAUCUCUUUCCUAGGGAUCUCUGUGGUGAACUCGCAGAAUUUCAAACCAAAGCACCAUCACAUGAAUUUAGUUAUAGCAGAAAAUGUAUUGAAAAAGCAUUUGGUCGCAAGUUAAAUGAAAUAUUUGAAAAGUUUGAGGAGGAACCAGUAGCUUCGGGUAGCAUCGCUCAAGUUCAUCGAGCUACAUUAAAAUACAAAUACCCUGGUAAGGAAAUCAAGCCUGUUGUUGUAGCAGUGAAGGUCCGACAUCCGGGGGUUACUGAAGCAAUUAGAAGGGAUUUCUUCAUUAUCAAUGUUGUUUCCAAGAUUUCUUGUUUCUUUCCUAAUUUGAAGUGGUUGAGAUUAGACGAAAGCAUACAUCAAUUUGCUGUAUUUAUGAUGUCUCAAGUUGAUCUUUCAAGGGAAGCGGCACAUCUUAAUCGCUUUAUCUACAAUUUCCGGAGAUCGAAAGAUGUCUCAUUCCCAGUACCUCUGUACCCCCUCGUGCACCCUUCUGUUUUGGUGGAAACCUAUGAACAAGGUGAAAGUGUUUUGCAUUUUGUUGAAGAGCUUGAAGGACAUGAGCAUAUCAAAAGUUCCCUCGCUCAUAUUGGAACACAUGCUCUUCUGAAGAUGCUUUUGGUGGAUAAUUUUAUUCAUGCAGACAUGCAUCCUGGAAAUAUUCUUGUUCGUAUGGCGAAAAGGAAAUCGCUACCUACUGUACAGCUCUUUAAGUCAAAGCCUCAUGUCAUUUUCCUUGAUGUAGGAAUGACUACUGAACUUUCUAAGCGGGAACAACAAUGUUUACUGGAAUUCUUUAAGGCUGUUGCACUUCAAGAUGGCCGCAGUGCUGCAGAGUGCACACUUAGAUUAUCGAAACAACAGAAUUGCCCUGACCCAAAAUCUUUCGUCGAGGAGGUUGAUAAAUCAUUCAAGUUAUGGAGGUCCUCAGAAGGUGAAGCUAUCCACACAGGUGACCGGAUGCAGCAAUUGCUUGAGCAUGUUAGGCAAUGUAAAGUCAACAUUGAUGGGAAUAUUUGUGCUGUUAUAGUGACCACAUUAGUUUUGGAGGGAUGGCAACGAAGACUCGAUCCAGAUUAUGAUGUGUUGAACGCAUUGCAGACGCUGCUAUUUAAAGCUGACUGGGUAGAGUCUCUAUCUGAUACUAUUGAGGGACUUGUGGCUCCAUAAAAUGUGGCCCUUUUUGUUUCACCAAUUUUGAAAAUGUUGGGGCAGAAGAAUUUGUUGUAAAUUAUUUAGUUAUUGUUGUCGAAGAGCUUUUCCAAUCCCAUUUUUAUGCUCCCUUGUGAUUUUUUACUGCAUGUAAUUAUUUACUGUUGUCUUUCUAAUUACAUGCAGUGGAUCUAGCAUUGUGAUUUUCUUAAUAAAUAAUUUAUGGUUCUGAUAUUAACACUACAGAAUAUAUAACAAGCAGGAAAUCAUUGAAUAA